UGUCAGGCAAGUGAAUUCACAACCCACAUUAAUACAAAGAAAGUCUGACCAUUCUCCUGACGAUGCCACCAAAUUAGAGGGAGAGAUCAAGGAAGUUAUUAAUCAAAUCCACUCUUUGUCCGGUGAAAAUGCAAACACGCGCAGCUCCGGCGUCUCUUCGUUUGCUGAGUUGAGUGCAUAUUAUGAUAUUCUGAGUAAUUUAUUUGCUGUCUUUCAACCAAUGGUGAGAGAACGAUACCUAGAUGACUUUCCCAAAAUGUUAGUUUGUAUUCUGUCUGGGAGACAGGACUGUGGACUGGAGGCAGAACUGACAAAGACCGUGUCCCUGGAGUUAGGAAAGCCACUGCUGAUAUUGGUGUCGUCUCUGAGAUCCCAGACAUGUACUCCACCGAGCAGCGACGGAGAGUCCAACAGCUUCCUGAGGGCCUACAUCAGCAUGGGGGAAUCAGCCUCUGCAGCGUUAAACGGUUUUCAGCAAACAUUUACAAAUAUACUGUCAAGUGUCCCUCUUUCUGGAAAGUUGAUAAGUGCUGUGAGUGGCCUUGUGGAUGCAGCUGCGACGUAUGUCUCAAAUGUCAUGGCAACUGUACUCCAAAUACCAAUGGACUAUAUUCAAAUAGCUUUACAGUUUGGAAUCAGAAUACCAUCUUUAGACGGACAAGAGACCUGUGAGCAAGGAGAUCUCAAGCAGCUCAUUAUGUGGGGAAUAAACAACAAUGUGAGCUGGUCCUUCAGUAACUCCAUCAUUGACAUCCUCCUGGAUAUCUUCCUGGGUCCUGGGCAGUCUAUGUGCACAUAUCCAGGGCCAGAGUGCCAGAAUCCUCCCAGUGUCCCCUUCCAGCGCAGCGUCCCAGAGGCAAAAGACGACAUUGAUAUCAACCCUGACAUCCUUCUGAAGUGUGAUCGCCACAUUCUGGUCGGGCUCAAUGACACGCUGUGUGCUGACAUCAUCACGGGGUCAAGAGUGGGGUCCUCUACAUCUGUGCACACCUUUUGCCAGGCGCUCAGCUCCCUCAGCCCUAACCAGAUAGAGCAGGUGUGGAGCAACAUGUGUUAUGUUAUUCAAACACUGGUGUCCCCGCUCCUCAGCAGGUCAUCUGACUGCAGCGUUGGGGACACACAGCCUUCCCCUGCUGUCACCCCUUCCUUUGAAACGCUUCCCAUCCCUGGGUCUGCACCUCAACGAGUAGUCAGAGAAGCCUCCAACCUCAAACAGCUCGCCUGUAACUACAGCAGCUGGCUGGAAAACAAGGCGGUGGAUGCUGUCCUUGUGUCACUGUGCAGCGAUAACGAAUAUAGGGAGUUUGUGAAGCAGGUUUGUAACAAUGCUACGUUGAUGAGGAAACUGCUCUCAAAUCAGAUGAACAGCUGGCUGUAUGGAUACUGUGCCAACUCCUCUGCAGACCCUGGGUACAUGGUGAGUCAGUUCUGCUUCUAUGAGCAGUGGAUCAACCAGCCCUCAGUCCUGGUGGAUCCCUCCUUACUGGAGUUCUGCAUGACCCUGGACAGUUCCAGACUGACCCAACUAAUCUGUGACAACACCGGAUUCUUCUUGCUUUUAUUCUCCAACCCUGAAAACGGGCGGUUCAUGCCAAACUGCACAAGCCUGCCCCCUCCACCACCAUUCCCCAACAUGAAUUUAUUAAUAUUAGAUUCUUGUCGUUACUCGGAGUGGCACGAUGUGAUGCAAAUUACCAUCGACAUUUUGUCACAGUGCAUUCUCUUCGAUCAGAGUGGUUUUACUAAAGAGGUUUGCUCGAACAAAACUUUUCUCAACAGUCUGCUGCGUAAUAAAGCAAAUGCCUGGCUGGAGAGUCACUGCAACUCCUCUCUCACCUUUCUACCCCCUGAACCAACUCAGACCCAGGCCUUGCCUAGCAUCACAAGCUGGUGCGACUACUACACGUGGGGAGAUCGGCAGGUGGACAAUUCAGUGGUCGCCCUCUGUUGGGAGUACGAUCAGCUUGCUUUUCAGAAGAAUGUCUGCUGCAAAGCGUCUGUGUUUGAAAAGCUGUUACAAGACCCUCUGAACAAAUGGCUGACAUCAGUCUGCACAGACAUAAAGGAAAUAGAGGAAAUAGCUGUGUUAUCACAGGUGUGCAGGUACUCUGACUGGACCCGUCCCAUCAUCGUUGACAUGACUGAUCUAGCUCUCUGCACUGAGAUCGACCCACUUAACUUCACCUCCAAAGUCUGCGCCAAUGCCACAAUCCUCCAGAACCUGUUGGCCAAUCAGGACAACACCUGGUUAAUACAGUUCUGUGCCAACCAUUCAAACCCAGUGGUAUCUCUUGGUGGAAAUAGGGGACAAGUAGGCCUGACUGGAUUCAACCCGGCAGAGCAGUGCCAGUACUCCAGCUGGAGCAUUUCUCUUCCAGAUGCAGCACUCCUGACUCUCUGCUGGCAGCACGACCAGACAAGUUUUGUCUCCUCCAUCUGCCCUAACGCUGGUCUUCUCUUUCUGCUGUCCCGGGAGCCUUCUAGCUUGUGGGUGGGCAGCAUGUGUACCACCUACUCCAACUACAUCACUAGCACCACCACCAACAGCAGCACCACCACCACCACAGACCCUAAUUUUUGCCUGGCCAGAAGCCUGGUGAAACAGUUCAACUGGACCUGCUCAGCUGACUUCACAUCAGCCUGCCAGCCCGGGGCCAGUCAGAAUAUGGCCCUGCAGAUGGUGGUGCGCUGCUGGGUGGAGAAUCGGAGGACCAGGGUGAAUGAUGUGCUGAGUCCACCUGUGGCCACUGUGUUGGAGCAGGCAGUUAGCAUUACUGUGGUGAUCCUGUUAGCCCUGGAGGAGGUCCAGAACACCUCGCUGCAUGUCACUGAGAACAUAAGACUGAGUGUGUUAGGGUCUGUCGUUCGCUAUCUCGAAAGGGAAAACAACUUUGACAAAAAAAGGGUGUUGCUGCAGUGCUUUGGGAGAGUCUUAACCAGCUUGAUGCUGACAGCAAGAGACGUGACCAGUAAUGAAUUCUCCGUCAUUAAGGAGUACUUCAGUAUACCGCUGAGCAGCCUGAGCUCAGUGCUCAGUUCAGCUCACAUCACCACCGUCAGACUGAUUCUUCAGUACUACAGCAGAAACAAGGAUACGCUACAGUUGCCAGUUAUGUACCUGUCCACCAUGGUGUCAGUGUUGUUCCAGGCCCACCUGGUAAAAGAUGAUAGUCUUUUCCCUGAGCUGGCUCCCCUGCUAGCUGCAGCCAGCCCAGCUGACAUCGAAGCUUUGCCCUCACUGCAGAACAACAGCAAUGUGAGGGAGACCAUUAACAGAUACUUGGGGGAUAUGACUCUGGACCAGCGACGGGCAUUUGGCUUGUGGUACAGUAGAGGUAUACCCCCCUCCAACAUCAUCAGAGCUCAACAGUCAUUCAUCAGGGACACUGGAAACCUGAUCGCCUACCUGCCCUUCUACAACUUCCAACACCUCUCAUCUGCUCAGCUGUUGGAUGGGCUGGAUGUGUUGCUGAGAAACAGCCUCACUUCUCUAAAGCAGGAGUUCAUAGCUUACAGCAUCAUCAGCACCUACAGAAACCUGACAGCUCAGGAUUUUACCAGGCUGGGUAAUCUCUCAUGCCUGGCAGACCCAGAGGACCUCCUUGUGUACAAAGGCACUGUGGUCUUCAGUAUCAUCCGGGACAUCGUUAUGAACUGCUCACGAGAGGGACUCAGUCUGCCCAGCCGUCUAAUUUCUAGUUUGUUACUGAACAGCACAGAAUUAAAGGUCCCCUCUUCGCUCAGUCCUGAUCGACUGGCAGAGCUCGGCCACCUCCUGCCCUUGCUGGGUGUGACUUUCCUGCAGGGUCUCACCCCGUCGCAGCUGCUUGCUGCCCUCCCUGCCCUCAACUCUGUGUCAUUCAGCCCUGCACAGGCUUCCAUAAUUGUAGACAAGAUGUCUUCAAUUAGCACUCUGACUGCUCCAGUCCAGCUGCAGCAGCUCGGCUCCCUCAUUGUGGGAAUAAAGACGGAGACCUUGUUGACCCUCACCUCUGACAGGCUGCUGUCAUCCCUGCCCGCCAUGGCCCAACACACACCAGGCCUAAGCCCGCCACAAGCCAAUGCUAUCUCCACCAAACUAUGGGGCUUUCCAGAAGUAAUCGGUUGGCUGGAUGAUGUGGAGCCUUUGCUCUAUUGCACUCCCCUGCUCAGCAUCCUGGCCAGGACUCGUAUGCUAGUGAACAACAUCACCACUGCAUCCAAAAAACCCUGGAACACACAGCAGGCUGAAGCAAUUUUCAAAGAGGUGCUUGAAACUAAACCAAACCUAAUUAAACUAGAUUUUCCGAGUCUGGGAACAGUGGGUCAGGGUGUAAGCUGCAAGGUCUUACAGGAACGUGUCCGUGCUGAUUCAUCGCCUACUUCAGUGAGAAGAAUCCUGGCCUUCCUCAGGCAGCAGCCUGGUCCUCUUCACACCUCACUGAAAACGUGUGUGAUUGAGGAGCUGUACCAGUUUGAGUUCUUCUCUGAGCUGCUCAAAGAUCUUGGAGCUGAGAUUGCCCUGUCCAUGCCGGUGAGCACCAUUAAGAAGUUUCCCACAGACAUGAUGGACGCUCUAAGGAAGAUGAUCGUUCAGGACCCUCAUCACUUUCUCUUGCUGUCUAGAACAAAACAGGAGCUGCUGGUGGACAAAAUGGUGCAGAGAAUGAGCAUGUACACUGGGGUGUUCACUGAGCAGGAGUUUCGUUCACUGGGCAUUAUGGCAACGUUUGUGGUGGAUGAGGUUUUCAUUCAGUUGGACCGCAGCUUCUUCAUCAACAAUCUGGUUUUCCUACGGGGGCUCUGCUACAGCAGCAGCAAGAUGGACAUUGUGGCUCGUAUUCUGCAGGAACCUGCCGCCUUCGGCCCAGUUAACAACUGGAACCAGACAACACUCAGUCAGGUGGACCGGUUUCUCUUCUUCCUGCCUGACGACAGACUGCAGGAGAUUCCCCUGGCGUUGAUGACUGUGGGCCGUAUAGAGAAGCUGUUCAUGAGCCAGCGUCGGUGGGCACGUGGGGAUGUGGGGAUCUUCUGUUCAGACGAGAAUGAGAGGAAGAGACUUUUUGAAAAGCAGCAGUUUGUUCUACAGUUUUUCCUGGGCUUCCUCAAAAUGAAUGCUGGAUCACCGACUCCUAUGGUUCCUACUUGUGAGAUUCUGUAUACAACAGUUCCCUCUGCCUGGCCCUCCAACAGCCUGACCAGCAUGUCUUCAUCGGCAUUCUCCAACUGUCUGGAGCUGAUGGGACGUGACCCGUUCCUUGCAUCCUACCAGCGCAUCCAGGUGCUCAACAAAGUCAAACAGAUAUACGGCCCCGCCUCGUCCUUCUCCCAGUCUGUGAUUUCUCAGCUGGGUGGAAUAGCGGUAGAGCUGUCACUAGGGGAGCUGAGCAGCCUCCAACUGACUGAGCGAAGUAGCAUCGCUGCUCUGGGUGCUGUCAGUGCCUGGAACAACAGACAGCUUUCUGCACUGUUUACCACCGUGUUAAACUCCACCAAGCAGAGUCCGAGCCAGCUUGACUCUAGCGUACUGGUGGCGAUGGGAUACAUUGUGUGUGGCGCUAAAACAACAGAGAUGAAUUCCUUCAAUGCUAUAGAGUUCAGUAAGGCGGUGCUCUGGCUGGGGCAGCUGAAGCUGUCCUGCUCAGAGGAGCAGCUGCUGGCUCUUGUUGGGCUGCUGGCCCACAGUCUUGCGUUUGGACCCAUAAGUUCAUGGGGAACCGAUGUCUUCAUUGAGAUCGGAGUUCUUGCAGCUGGUCUUCCAGACAUGGCGAUGUCAGCUUUAGUGAAAGAGCAAAUAGAAGGAAUCACAUCUGCAGCUAUCUCAAUGAUACCACCUAAUAAGUUUGCUGUGGUGUUUAACCAGAGACAGAUCAGCAUGUUCUCCUAUGAGCAGGCUACUGCAGUAACUAAGGAGCAGCUGUCUGCUCUGUCAGAUGUUCAGAGGACAGCUCUGGCUCUGGUGUUAACACCGUGGGAAGACAGGCCUGUGAAUUUCAGAGUAGGGAAGUCACUGGGGCUGGCACUGAGCCACAGUCCUCUGUGUCUCAUACUGGGACUGCUGAUGCUGCUGGUCCUGUCCUGCCCUGACCUGAUCUGCCCUGGCUCAUGACCCCACUCACCCCUGCUGGAUCGGGAAACACCUCCUCACCCUCUUUAAAAUAAGCAGCACUUCAGGACUUCUAUAUAGUGUAUUCAAUGAUGAGAUUGUAAUUUAUUUUGUGCAACUAUAAUUUAUAUAUACAUAUCAACAUUCAGCACUAAAGGAACCAAAUGCAUAGUUUAAUUUAAAAAAGCAAUACAUUUUCACAGUAUAAACAUAAACAAGUCUA